GACCUGGUCACACUACGCUUGGAACUGAAUGGAUGGUUGUGGUGUAAUUUAGCGAAAUUCUUUAAGAUAUUGCGCGUUAAAGUUCUUACACAUUGGAAUUACUGCCGUCAACAACAAUUAUAAUAACACAAACACGUCUAAGCAACUAAGUUGAAACAAAACCAAAUGGAACGGAGUCGCAGAGGCAGAAUUCGGCGGAUGCCUACGUCCGGAUCAGAAAGCGAUGGCUCCACAGCAGAACCAACUCGCAAGAGGAGCAAACAGCAGCUCGAGCAAACCCAAUCCGAGGCAGAGACGGAGGCGGACUAUGUCGAGUAUCACGAAGAGGAAGAGUCGGAGAAAUUCGAGAACGCGUCGACUUCGCAGACGACAAGGUCUCGGAACAAGCAGGCGCGCCAAAGAACUUCAAACAUGUCCCAGCGCAGCGGCAACUUUAAUCUAACUUCUGAGUUAUCCAUACCGAACGCCUUCGAUCGCUGCGGCAAGGUAAUUUCCAUGCGCCUCACCAACUUCAUGUGUCACUCCAAUCUGUUCAUUGAGUUCGGGCCCAACAUCAACUUCCUGGUUGGCAACAAUGGGAGUGGCAAGAGCGCCGUAAUCACGGCACUGGCUUUGGGUCUGACCAGCAGUGCUAGAGCAACUAACCGGGCCAGCAGUAUACAGAAGCUCAUCAAGAACGGUGAAGCUAGUGCCACCAUAUCCAUAACGCUGUGCAAUGCGGGAUUGCGGCCCUUCAAAGCGGACGUCUUCGGGCCCCACCUCACCGUAGUACGACAAAUACGCCACUCCUCCUCGACUUACGACCUCCAGGACGCUCGCGGUAGAAGCGUCUCGAAGAAAGUGUCUGAGAUUAGGCGCAUGCUGCUCUGCUUCGGCAUCAAUGUGGAGAACCCCAUUUUUGUGCUGAAUCAGGAGGCGGCGAGGGAGUUUUUAAAAGAAUUGGAGCCAGCAUCGAAUUACAAACUGUUAAUGAAAGCAACUCAACUGGAUGUUUGCACCAGCAGUCUAACGGAGUGCCAUGCUCAGCGACGUCAUUUCACCCAAGACCUGGAACAACUGCAAAAGAAAAGAGAAGUGGUGGCCAAGCAAGUUGAAGCGGAGGAGGAAAAGGUGUCAAUUCUUAAGGAUAAGGAAAUUGUCAAGGUUAAAUUGGAGCAGUGCAAAACAAAACUGGCAUGGAUGGCCGUGACGCAAUAUCAAAAGGAGCUCGAGAAUCUAGAACAUUCAAUUAAACUGAUUGAAAACAAGAAGGCGAAGCUGGAACAGACAACAUCCAAAAAGGAGAGCACGCAAGCCACCAUGACCCAACAAUUGAAGGAGUUUGAGGCUUCUAAAAAUCAAAUAUUGGCAACCUACAAGGCCCAGGAUGAGAAGCUGAGAGCAGCCAAGAAGGCAGUGCAGGACCUGCUUUUCCUAGCCAGCCAAGUCAAAGCCCAGAUCGGGAACGCAGAACGUCGCAUGCGAGAGGAUCAGCAUGCGUAUGAUGAAUGUGAAAAGCUAAUAGGAAACUAUCAUGCCGACUUUAAUCGGGUUAAGGAGCAGCGGGAAGAGCACGCUAACAAGAUGGAGACGUUAAAGAAGCAGGUGGCCGAUAGCGAACAGAUCAUUGCCCAGUUGCGAGAGGAGCAGCAGCAGAUUAAACGAGACAUUAACUCGGUCCAGGAAAGGGUGGACGCUGUACAAAAUGAAAGAAGACAGCUGCAUAAAUCGAAGCAAAACAUCAGUUGGGAGAUGGAAGCACUGUCUCGCAACAAGUCCAAUAAACUUUCCGUGUACGGUGAGCAAGCGAUACAGGUUGUGCAUGCACUGCGAACUCAGUAUGCCGGUUCCAACAUGCAUAGAAUGCCUCGAGGGCCGCUGGGCCAGUAUAUCAGUGCGCCCAAUCCAAAAUACCGCGACCUGAUUGAGAACCAGCUCAUGUCCUGCCUGCGCUCGUACAUCGUUAGCUCCGACCGCGAGCGCCAGUCGCUGCGGGCGUUGCUGCAAAACAAGUUCCAAGGCGGAAAUAUGCCCACUAUUAUAACCAGUCCGUUUACGGAUCGCGUUUACGACGUGUCUCGAAACAAAGUGCAACCCACCACACCAAACACCACAGUGUUAAUCGAUGAAAUCAGCUGCGAUGAUCCUGUGGUAAUGAACUACCUUAUUGAUAUGCUACGAAUCGAAACGGUCCUUGUGACAGAGUCCAAAGAAACCGCCGAGUUCCUCACCUCCGACACUGAGAAUGUGCCGCCCAAUCUAACGCGUGUGCUGGUGCCGAACCUGGGACUGGAGUACAUACCUUCUCCCAACUAUGCUGUAUACUCGACUAGGAUAACACCCGCCCGCUAUAUUCAUAUAAACGUCGAUGAUCGGAUACGACAGCUUCAAAUGGAGCAAAGCGAACUGCAGGAAAAGGAGGCUUCUUUGGAAAUAGACUACAUCCAACACAGAAAGGCACUGGAAAACACCCAACAAAUGAUUUCGAAGAAGAGUACUAUGAUUGGUCAGCAUCAAUCAAGGAAUCAGAAGGCUAUGCAGCAGAUAAUGGAGCUGCAAAACUUUGACUAUCAAGAGCUACCGGAGUACGAUCGUUUGAAAUCUCAUUUAGCUGAUAGCGGCGAAAAAAUUGAGAAAUGUAGGGCAGAACGGGAAACGCUUCAGGAAAAACUUGUUAGCAUCCAAGAGAGCAAGGCAGAACUUGAGUCAACUGAAGCCGCAGAGAGGCGAGCCCUUGACGGGAUUCACAAGAAGCUUUCCACACUGGACACCGAAGUUAGCGAUGUCGAAAGCAAGAUCCGCAGCCUGGACCUCCAUUAUGAGGAAAACACUCGUAAUUUCCAAAAAACGUUGGAGCUAGAGAAAAAAAUGCUCGGCGAGAAGAAGACCGUGCUGAACGAAUUGGAAAAGGCUCGCGAAGAGGCAGAGAAAACGGGAGAGUUUGUAGCAACGACGCAAUCGGAGGAGAAAAUUCGCGAAGCAAUAAGUCGCUACAAAUCAAAGAUUAAACAAGUGGAGCAGCUUAACUAUAACCAUGAAGAGGUAGAAAAAGGAUUGGCGGAGCUGCGAGAUGAAUUGGGCCUGCAAGCUCGGCACCUGGAAGUGGUUGAAUCCGUGAUCAAGAAGCUCCGCGUGGCCUACCAUCACCGAGCGCAACUCUUUCAGAGAUCGCGACAUCAUUACUUCACAAUGGUUCAGUUUCAAUUUGAACAAGCGCUUGCUAUGCGACAAUUUAGAGUUAGUUUCGAGACCAGUGACAAAGAAAAGACGUGGAAGAUCAACGUAUUUCCGCCCAGUGGGAAUGAGACGUCCAAUACCAGGAGCUUAUCGGGCGGUGAACGAUCGUUUACGACGGUUUCCUUGCUGAAAGGACUUUGGAGCACUUCAGAUCAUCCGUUCUACUUUUUGGACGAAUACGAUGUGUUUACAGAUGAAGUAAACCGCAAGUUUAUCACGGAAAUUCUAAUCGGCGAGGGUUUGGAGUGGAUUUCGCGUCAGUAUUGUUUCCUGACGCCCCAGGACACGAGGGUCGAGGCUAGCAAUCUGAUCACCGUGCACAAACUUGAGGCUCCCGAGCGGUAACACUGUUAAAUAAUAAACCAAAACUCAAAAGUUGCAGGGCGACGAAGAAUAAGAACCAACUGUAUUUUAGGAGUUAAUGAAAUGUAUGAAAAGUUUCCAUUUUUUAAAUAAGAUUUAUAUUGACGAGAUAA